UUUUUUUUAAUUUGCUUUGUUUCUCGACUAUAAAUAGAUUCACACGCUUCUCAAGAACACUUCAAAUAAAUUGAAAUCCCUUCUGCUUACCUCUCUUUCUUUUUACCGACGAUUCAAAUGCAGAACGACACCUCGGAGUUAUCGUUUUGUCCUAGCUUUAACUGCUACUCCGACGACAAGAAACUGGUUGAUAUCGCUGCUAAAGUUACCCGAGACUUCAAAAGCGACGAUGUUUUGGACGAUGAAGAAUUCGAGUUCUUUAAUCUCUGGGAGAAUACUGAUCAAACCUCAUCGUUUCCAAUCUUCAAUCGCGAUCUCUUGUUGAACGGCGAGGAGGAGAAAGGUGGUGACGAUGACGACGCGGAAGAGGCUAUUCGGAUUCCGUUGAGGGAUCUGUUCAUCGGCGACGGAGAUCUUCCUUCUUCGUCAUCGUCGUCGGAGGCGGAUGAGCUCGAAGGAGUGCCAACAGGAACGUACUGUGUUUGGACACCGAAGCAAUCAGCGGAAUCGUCGCCGAACAGGUGUAAGAAGAGUAGGUCCACGGGAUCGUGUUCGAAACGGUGGCGAUUAAAGGAUUUGCUUAAGAGAAGCAACAGCGACGGCAAAGUCUCGUCUUCGUCUUCGUCCUUGUCCUUGCCCUCGUUUUUGAAUUUUGAGAAGAAUUCGACGGGGAAAAAGCAUGAAGAGAAGUUAAGUGAGAAAACAGCGACGACGAAGAAGAAAGCCCAAGGUGAAGUUCAGGCGAAGAAGACAAAGAGAGUCGAAAAACUGUCGGCGCAUGAAGCUUUUUACGUCAGAAAUAAGGCGUCGAAGGAAGGAGAUAAACGGCGGUCGUAUUUGCCGUACAGGCAGGACCUGGUUGGCAUUUUUGCUAAUGUUCAUGGUUUAGGUAGAACCUUUCCUCCUUUCUAAGAAAAAAAACUGAAAUUUUUUUUUUAAAAAAAGGAGAGAAAUAAUCAGAACACCUGUAAGUCUAGAGUUAAAUUCUCAAAAUCGACAAUUCAUAUUGGAAAAUGUAUCUGUAAAAAGGAAAAAAAGUUGAUAGUAUUAGAGUGUAAAUAGUGAAGAAAUUAAUUAUUUAGUUUUUUUGUU